GAGGAAACAGAAGCAGUGAAUUAGACUUUGGGCUGAUAUUGUAAAAUUCAGGAGGACCAGUGGAUGCCAAUGGAAUUCAGUGGAAAUAUGAAGCAUCCUUUAUUCCAACUGGUUUGUAACAAUUUAACCAAACAGUAAGGUGUUUAUUGGCUGUUAGAUGCUAAGGGAAAUGUUUUGCUUUUUUAUCCAGAUUUUUAACACCAUGUUCUUAUAAACCACUACUUUUUUGUAACAAAUUAUUUUUUAUCCCAACAUAGUUUUUACAAGCCUUUUUAUUCAGUGUUAUAUGAAACCUUUUGAUUGAGUUGGAGACGCCAAAGACUGAAACAUGAAUGGUAGUGACUUGUUUGGCACUAUAAUUUACCAUCACACUUUUUGCGAUGGAUGGACCAACAACAGAGAAGGUGCCAUCUACCAUCUGGGUAACACCAUACUUUUUUUGGGGUACAUGGGUGGCAGUGUAGCAUAUGGGGCUCUGUACAUCUUCAGUUUCUUGGCUCCCUCCUUCCUCUGUCUGGCUCUUUGGGGCUGGCUGACAGUGUGUGGCCUUGAUGUCUUCCUCUGGAACCUGCUGCUGAUGCUGCAGUGCUUGGCCCAGGUGUAUCAUCUGAUUUUUCGGCUGAUGCAGGAUGGUUUAACCAACGAGGAGCUUUCUGUACUGUACAAAGCCGUCUAUCUGUCACUGGAUGUACCUGUGCAGGUGUUUAAAGAGAUCACUGCUGCUAGUGAGAACAAAGUGCUCUCUCUAGUGGCCGAGGAGACAUAUGCUGUGGAGGGGAAGACACCAAUUGAUCAGUUGUCCUUCCUCCUUUCUGGCAGGAUUAGAGUGUCCUUAAAAGGUCAAUUUCUCCAUUAUAUAUUCCCUCACCAGUUUCUUGACUCUCCAGAAUGGGAAUCCCUUAGACCAACAGAAGAGGGGAACUUCCAAGUGACACUAACUGCAGAGACAGACUGCCGUUACAUCUCGUGGCGCAGACGUCGGCUUUACCUUCUGCUGUCCAAAGAUCGUUACAUUGCCCGACUUUUUUCUGUCAUGCUUGGAAGUGACAUUGCUGACAAACUCUACUCACUCAAUGACAAAAUAUUCUCCAAGAGUUGCGUGCGCCUUGAUAUUCGUCUGACUAGUCUCUACCAUGUUCUAGCCCCCUCGCCACAGGUCAGUGAGGGAGGAGGCAGUGCUAACUCACCAACCCGGGGGAGCCAAGGAGAUCCUACAGUUGCCAGAGUUGAUCCAGCAACUUCUAUCCAGGGCACAGAUGCAAGAAACUCCAAGCCGGACAAGGGAAAGAUCCCUAUGCCCAAACCUCUGCACCAACUGUGGUCCUCAGACACAGAGAUGCCCUCUGAGGAAGAUACUCCAGGAAGUUUUCCACUUCGAUUCCAAAGAGGAUGUGCUCCACUGGCCCCUACUGACAUCCAUAAGCUGUAGGAGUGGCUUCAGAAAUAUAAAGACCAUAUCAUGGACUGGAGUGGAAUCUAAACAGCUGUUAAUCUCAUCACAGCUGUAUUUCAUCCGCUGACUUAAGAUAACAUUAACAAAGAACAGAAAAUCAUUAAUAUUGUUUUGUUUGUUUGUUUGUUUAGGACAGUGACAAAAUAUAUUCACAAGCCUUUAUCAAACCUUCCCAAAACUAUUCUUUUUUUUUUCUUCACAGAAAGUUACUGUUUUACAUGAUUCCACACUGCUGUGAAAAAUUCCUUUUUUUUUAAUAGUAUUUAUAGCAUGUGGUUUUCAGCUAAAUCUGUUUGGAACACUUCAGACAGUGGCUUUGUAAAGAAGACAGCAACAAAUACUUUUUUUUUUUUUUUUUUAAGCAAACAAAUGAAUCCAGUUUAAAGCAUUUCAGAGUUCACUGAUAUAUAUAGAUUGAGAGAUAACACUGAUAUAGUUUAUGACAACAUUGUGUGCUUUUAAUUUUGUACAACAUAUCAUAAGGAAUUAGUAAAUGCUACAACAUCAUACGCUGAUUUGAUUUAGAUUUAUCUGUAAAGAGAGGACUAUAUAUUAUGGCCAUAUUAUGAAACAGUAUUUUAAUGGGGCCAACUAAGCUCUUGGUUAAAAGAGACUUCAUAUUCCUCUUUAGCUGCCAUUUCAAAGCAGAGAUUAGCCUUUCAGUUAACAUAUUCUGAUUUUAAUAAAGUGUCCAGUAUGGUUAUUCAGAGUGCAGAAAUGUUGAAUUUAUGUUGUACCACUCCAAAACUUUUAAUCAUGAAAAUGAACCAGUACUUUCAGCACAUUUGUUAACACAUACAGAACCAUGUUCCAAACGACCAAGUGUCAUCAUAAACAAUAUUUUGUAACUGAUUAGUGUCCAAAACACACACACACACACACACACACACACACACACACACACACACACACACACACACACACACACACACACACACACACACACACACAUGUUGUGUUUCCAUGUUUUAUGGGGACUUUCCAUAGACAUAAUGGUUUUUAUACUGUACAAACUUUAUAUUCUAUCCCCUAAACCUAAUCCUACCCCUAAACCUAACCCUCACAGAAAACUUUCUGCAUUUUUACAUUUUCAAAAAACAUCAUUUAGUAUGAUUUAUAAGCUGUUUUCCUCAUGGGGACCGACAAAAUGUCCCCACAAGGUCAAAAAUUUCGGGUUUUACUAUCCUUAUGGGGACAUUUGGUCCCCACAAAGUGAUAAAUACACGCUCACACACACACACACACACACACACACACACACAACAAACAUGUAGUGUUUCCAUGUUUUAUGGGGACUUUCCAUAGACAUAAUGGUUUUUAUACUGUACAAACUUUAUAUUCUAUCCCCUAAACCUAACCCAACCCCUAAACCUAACCCUCACAGAAAACAUUCUGCAUUUUUACAUUUUCAAAAAACAUAAUUUAGUAUGAUUUAUAAGCUGUUUUCCUCAUGGGGACCGACAAAAUGUCCCCACAAGGUAAAACAUUUCGGGUUUCACUAUCCUUAUGGGGACAUUUGGUCCCCACAAAGUGAUAAAUACAUGCUCACACACACACACACACACACACACACACACACACACACACACACACACACACACACACACACACACACACACACACACACACACACACACAAAAACAA